AUGAAGCAACCUCCAUAAGGACCUCCUCCUCAACCUAUAAAUCCAUAAUAUAAUCUGAAACCUUAAUAAUAAGGAUAAAUGCUAUCUAACUCGUAGUAGCUCCAGUAGCAAAGCUAAGCAUAGCAACCCCCUUAAAAUAUCUAAUAGUAAACACCUCCUCUAGGUCCAAACCCUCAACAGCCAUAAGCCCCUCCAAACUAAUAGUAUAUACCGAGGUAAGCUUCUUAGCCAUCUCAUUAGAUCCCUUCAUAGCCUACUUCGAACACUAGCAUAUAAGGUCCCCCUUAUCCUUCCAACUAACGUCCAUAAGCAUAAGGUUAUUAUCAAAAUUAGUAGUAACCCUAAUAACUACCAGCAGGGUAAGCAAAUACAACAGCCCCUCCUCCAAUCACUCCUCAUGGAAGCGGAUAAUAUCCUAAUCCUCCUCAUAGUGGAGGAUAAUUUAAUUAAAAUCAAUAAGGACACUACCCAAAUUAACCUAUAAAUUAAACUCCAUAGACUAAUUAACCUCCUUAACAAAACGGAUAAAACCCUCAAGCACCAUUCAAUCCACAAAACAAUAAUUAUGGCUAGAAACCCCCUUACCCUUAAAAUUUACCUCCUCAACAACCUGGUCAAAAGAAUAUUCCCUAAUAGCCUUAAUAGCAAUAACCAGGUUAACCUCCAAUUAAUCCAUAACUAAAUCCAAGCACCCAUCACAAUAUGUAAAACUAACCCUAAUAUUAGGGACCUCCUAACUAAGCAGGAUAUAAUAAACCUAUGAUGGGAUAGAAUUAAGGAGCUCCUUCAAAUAUUCCCCUCUAAUAACCUAAACCUCAAGGCCAAUAACCACCUCCACCAAAUCAAAUGCCUUACAAAGCUCAAGGCAAUUAUCCUCCUAACCAAAAUCCUCAACAAGGAGGAGCUUAAAUUCCAGGAUAAUAAUAGCAUAAUCCUCAAUUAAAGCCAUAGUAGGUACCUAUUUAAAAUAUGCCUCCACACAAUAAUGGAAGAUCAUCAUCUUAAUAAAAUCCUUAAACAUAAAACCCUCCUUAUAAUUAGAUGGGACCUUAAUAAAUUCCUCCUAAUGUAUAAAAUCAAAAUUAGAAAAAACCUUAUAUGAAUCCCCCAAUGAAUGGACCUUAGUCAAGUGGUUAAAUUGGACAUCCAAAUCACCCUCCUCCUCUUCACCACCCUCACCAUUAAUCUUAAAAAUAAGAAAUGGAUAAGUACGACAGUUAAAUUAAGGCUUCCAAUUUAUUGUAAGAUGAUGAUAAAUGGUUUAAAUUGGACCAUGAUGAAACAUACCUGCUUAAACAGGAAAGUCUGAAGAAAUCUUUCAACAAAAUUGUUUAAAAGUUGUAGUAAGAAAGACAUUUUUCUGAUAAAAGGAAAUGCCCCUUUUCAAAUUUAGAAACUACUUUGGAUAAAAAGUAAAAACUUGACACUUAAAGUCUUAAAGAUGAGUUGGGAAGUUUAAAGAACUCUUUUUCAAUAAUAAGCUGUUUUGAUAUGUUUGAAGAAAAAAAGAAAAAGAAAUAGUAAGAAAGCGUGAGUAAAACCACUUCAGAAAUAAAAUUAACAAAUACUAAAUAAGUGAAAGAGUUCGAUAUUUUGAAGCUGAUUUACUAUGAAUUCCAUUUAGCUAAAUAGUAAACAUCUUCUACUUCUAAUUAGUAAAAUAAUUAGCAAAACCUUCAACAAUAGCAACCACCAAGAAUUUAUUCAAGUGAUCAUACUAACCAGAAUAAACCAAAUGCAAUUAAUCAACAGUAAAUGCCACCAAACUCACAGAAUCCUUAAAAUAGGCCAAACAUGCCCCCUUAUAUUUAGUAAUAGCAACUAAAUUAACCCUAGUAGUAAACCAACAACCCUCCUAUACCAAACUAGGGCCAUUAAAACUAUCAAGGAAGCAAUCCUUAGAACCCACACCCUAGACCUAUGUAAUAAAUGCCACCAAUAAAUAAUUAAAACCCAAAUAGCUAAAUCAACCAAGGAGGUCACCCAAAUAUGCAAUAGUAAAACCCUUAGAUGAUGGGCAUGAAAUAAAAUCCAAAUUAAGCUCCUUUGGCUCCUCCUCCAAAUCCAAACUAACAGUAAUAAAUUCCAUAGCAACAACCUCUUUAAGCAGGCGGACAACAGCCAUAAAAUUAAUAGAGACCUUAAUAAUAUAUAGGAUAAUUGCCUCAAAAUAGAUAAUACAGCGGAUAACCAAAUAGUGCUGGAGGUAUGUAGCCUUAGUAACAAGGUCCUUUACCAGUAAAAUAACCUAUGCCUCCUUAAUAAGGAUAGCAUCAUCCUUAACAAUAGUAGUAAUAGUAGCAUAUUAACUAAGGCUAAAAUCCCAAUUAUCCUAUUAAUAAGUAAAUAAAUGCUCCACCUAUAGGUUAGUAAGGUGGAAUGGGAGGAAAUCCAAAUUAAAAUAUGUAGUAGCAUCCUAACUACAUCAAUCAGCAAUAGAAUUAACAAAAUUCAUAAAAGCCUCUUUAGCAAUAAUAAUAAUAACAACAACAACAACAACCACCAUCAGGAAAUCCUCCAAAUUAAUAAUACCCUGGAGGUAUGAAUCAGAGAUAAAAUCCAAGUAAUCAAGCCUAGGUUAACUAAUAAUAGCAACCUUAGUAACAGUAACCUAACUACUGA